CAUCCCCCGUGACAAUGAUAAAUGGUAACUUGCGUUAAAAACUUCAAUGCUUUUAGGGAUUGUAGUCCAUCUGGUGGUUGGGGAUACUUACAAACCUAGUUGUUUAAUCAAAAGCGGACUACACUUCCCAAGUUGCUGAGUAGCGUUGUUGUAGUCAUCGUUUUCUCGACGCGAGAAACCGCAUCGGUGCCUCUGAGAGGUUGUUAAAUUCCGCGAUAGACACAUCGAGAAAAAAAUAAACAACUUUAUCUGUAAUGGUUGUGGUUUAACGGCAUGGAGGUAAUCGAGACAAUUGUAAUACAAAAUACUGAAGUAGAAGGAAAGGAAACGGUAGUGUCCAGUAUGGAAACCGAUAAAACAAAAGCAGAAUUUAUUUGGACGCUGCAGGCUACGUGGCACCUUGUCAAUACCCGGCUUGAAAUGGAUCAGGCAUUUGACCAGCCAGUAUGCAAGAAAAAGAAACUCUGGGAAAUGGUGGCAGAUAAGGUAAAUGCCAAACUUAGAGAGUCAGAGGUCACUGAUGUCACUGUAAAGGCCUACGAGUGUGAUCUCAAGUGGAGAAACAUGCUCGCCACAUACAGGAAGAAUGCUGAAAGGGCCAAGAGGUUGGGGGAAACCAGUGUCCAUUGGGAGUUCUUCAAGGCCAUGCAUAGUGUCCUGGGUAAGAGCAGGGAGGAGCUUGAAGCUCAGCGCAGAGCCAAUCUAAGUGGGACAAGAGUUGGCAAAGCCUUAGCCAGCAAGAGGUUUACCCCAAUCCUUCCUACACCCCCUGUGACAGCUGCUCCCUGCCCCACCAGGCCUCCACAGGACGUCCUGCAACUGUACAUGGAGCUGCAGGAGAGGAAGAUGAACAUGUGGGCACAGCAGAAAGCACUGGAGGAGAGGAAAAUAGAAGCCAUCAACAACCUGGCUCAGGCCAUCUCGAGCCUGGCUCAGAAGAACAACACACAGAUCACAAAGGAAGGACAUUAGGCCAGAGGAGACUGGAUUUGCUCUUUCCAAAAGCUUUUGUCAAUACAGCUUAUAUUUGUAAGAUGUGUUUUUAGAUCAGCCGUGUUGGUUUAACUGCCACACUUUAUACUGGAGUUUUGACUGUCUGCAUUGCUUCUGUAACUGUAGCAGAAAGGCAGAAUCUAAAUAAAUGAAAACAGUAUAGAAAAGGUGACAAAGAACACGGGACACAUGCUCACCUGUGAUACCUCUACCGCAGGGAGAUAACAAAGCUCCAUCCAAAAUGUUAUAUCUAUCAUUUAUCUGUUUAACAAAAUAACAUUGCCAUUAGCUAAAGUUAUACAGCAAGACAAAAACACACAAAUACGUGAGCUGAACAAAUGAAGUCAUUAAGAACAAGAAUAGACUUAAGUUAUUGUCAAAUAUAACACAUGAUAGUUAUUUAUUUUAAGAUGUACCAAUAAUGGUAUUCAUUGAAAUGAUGGCAUGCUUUUCCUUGAAGAUACUAUUGGUUUAUAACGCUGCUGUUUUCUUCUCAUCUGUACUGUCCUCCUUUGGUCACAGUAAAAACUGCAACACUACAUUAUCUCAGUGCUUUACUGUUAAUGUGAUCAUUAGAGAUAUUAAUAUAGACUUAGACUGAGACCUAGACAGACUUUAAUGAUCCUCGAAGGAUCAGUUCAUUAGUGUUACCAGUACAGUCAACCACUAUCGCACCAGCAUUAAUAAUAGUAGUAUUUAAUAAAAGUUUUCAUUAUA